CGCGGGUUACAGUCGAUUUCCAAGAUUUCAACGGUUAGUGAUCGACGACUCUUUUGUCGUUCUAUCUCAGUGCCUCACUGUGUCUGCCAAACCACUCUUGCCAUUAUUGCUGCUAACCCAAACGAGAAUCUGCGAUAUUCAUGGUAGGUUUCUGGUUUCCCUCUGUUCUACUGAGUCUUUAGGGUUUUGGUUGUUUUCUACACCCGAGAAGUGUGGUUAGGGAGAGCGCUCUCUGCUUGUCUCAUUCUUCUUUCGGCUUCAACGAGGACUUACCAAUGGGGGAAACUGACAAGAAGAACAAGAAGGUCGCUUUUAGCGAGGAAGACGCUGCUGCUCUCUUGGACAAGUACGAUGCAACCACCGUUAUCACUUUUCUUCAGGAAGUGUCAAACUAUCCUGAUCCCAAGAUUGAUUGGAAUGAGUUGGUAAAAAACACAGCAACUGGGAUAUCAAAUGCUAGAGAGGGUCAGAUGUUAUGGCGUUAUCUGGCGUAUCAUGAUUCCUUGCCUGAAAAUUUGGAAGACGGGGCUGAACCUUUGGACGAUGAUAGUGACUUAGAACGUGAGAUAGAAGUGGUACCCCCUAUAAACAAUGAGGCUGCGUCAGAGGCUUCAGCUUGUGUGAAGGUUAUGAUAGCUUCUGCUUCACUUAGUGAAAUUGGUUCUAGCAGCUCAACAAUUGAGGCUCCCAUGACUAUAAAUAUUCCAAAUUGUCAUUCGUCUACAAAUCCUGAAGAAAAUAUACAGCCCUCAAAUUUGGUACAAGGAGCAAGUGUUACUUUUCCUGUCACUGUUCAGAGACAGACACUAUCAACUGGAUCUGUGACUGAAGGCGUAGAAGCCAAGGGAACAGCUGGAAGCAAAUUGUCUUCCAAAAGGAGAAGAAAAGCAUGGUCAGAAGAAGAGGACAAGCAACUACGAGCAGCUGUUCAGAAAUGUGGUGAGGGAAAUUGGGCAACCAUGUCAAAAGGAGAUGACUUCCCUAUCAAAAGAAGUCCUACACAGUUGGCUCAGAGGUGGAGCAUUUUACGAAAGAAAGAUGGCACUUCAAAUUCAGGAACAAACUUGACCAGCUCACAGUUUACUGCUGAACAGCUGGCAACUCGUCACUCAUUAUCUUUAGCCCUUGAUAUGCCAUUAAAAAAAUUAACUGCUCCUGGAACGACUGACCCUGCUAGGGCCUCAUUAAAUGCAUCAAUUAAGAACCCUGUGCAACCUAUUAAUACUGCUGAAGCUUCAACAGUUCAGAGCAGCUCCGUGCCGCCUCAGCUUCCAUCUCAACAAGCUGUAUUGGUUUCUUCUGCUUCCCCUGCAAAUUCUUUAGCCCCUGAAAGAACAACGCUGAAGUCUAAUAAAAGUGCUGAUGCUGCUGUAAGAGCUACUGCAGUUGCAGUUGGUGCUCGCAUUGUCUCCUCGGCUGAUGUUUUGUCUGUGCAGAAGGCUACUCUGGACAGAACCGCUGGACAAAUUGUGCCCACUGGCAAUUCUUCAAUGAAGCUGUCCACACCUGCUGGUUCUGUCAUCCACCUGAAAGCUCCUAUAAAUUCAGCUGUUUCUCCUAAAGCUGUUGCCACUGCACCUCCUUGCACUACUGCUGUUAAAUCUGUCGCCCCAUCGGGUGAGAGCACUUCUAAUGGCCAUACCCUUCGCUCUGUGGCCAGUAAUCUUCCAUUAGAGCAAGUUAAUCCUAACCAAGAAUCAAAAGUCUCUGAUUCUAAUACUGAACCGAAAGACAGGGUCCAAGGUGAUGAGGCACCAGUCACGGAAAGCAUACCUAAUGAGGAAAGUUUAGAAAGUAAAUCGGUUUCACAAAAUACAAGAGAGUUUGAUGAUCAGGGAGCAAUUUGAGAACAAAAUUUCACGACCAGACUGCUGGGAAACGUCACCAACUGUUGAUAGCAGUUUGAAGUUCAAGGCUUGAAAGUUUGAGCCAAGCUGUGGGUUACUCAAUGAAUGCAGCAACAAAAAAUCUGGAACUGCCGAGCUAUUAAAAAUUGGUUGAGGUUUAGUUACUAGCCUGUGCAAAUAGUAGUUGUUUAGCAAACAAAUGUAAUUGUAGUUUUGCAGCAAUUGUCUGAGAGCUGUUUCGAAAUUUGUAGCGCGCACACCUGUUGUAUCUUUGUAAGUGCUGUCUGUCGCUGUUAUAUUCUGACGUUCCCUUCAAAGGGGCCAAUCACUUCGUUGAAUUUAUAGUUUGAUUCAGAGAUGGAAUUAAUAGCCGUUGGGCUGUGAUUCUUCA